CCCUAACAAAUGUAUAAACUUUUACGAAAUCAAAUGUGGGAUUUUUGUUGUAAUAAAAGCUGUAGUGUGUAUCUCUUUUAUUACGAAAUCAAAUCAGAGAUAAAAACCCUAAGUUUAGAAACAUUACAAUCAAAGAAAGGGUUUAGGGAUUUUUUUUUCAAUGAAUUGAAAAUCGGAUGCUGAUAAUCAAAUUUCCAAACUCCAUUCAAUUUCAUCAUCUGUUUCAAUUUUGGGACUUCUUUUAUCAAUCAAUCAAUGGAUGGAACUUGUGAGGGGAAUCCUAAUCCUAACUCUCUAACUGAAGAUUUGUUGAUCGAAAUUCUGUUAUGGCUACCUGUAGUAUCCCUUUUACGGUUCAAGGUCGUCUGCAAGUACUGGCGAUCGAUUAUUGAAAGCUCAGAUUUCAUCCAUCGACACGCAACUUUCCGAAGCUCCACAAGUAAGUUGGGUAAUUUCAUCUUUCAAUAUCGUCCUAAACAUAUUGAUUAUAAACCACAUUUUUUCGUGCUAUCGUCAUCGACUAGUGGCGGAGGAGAAGAAGAUUAUGGGCAAUGGAGUUACAAAAACUUGGGAAUGUCACCACAUUUAAGUGAAGAGAAUGAACACGAUAUGUAUGUUACUCAUCCUCCUCAAGCAAAUAUGGUUGGUUCUUGCCAUGGCAUCAUUUGUAUUCAUGAUCCUCAUCCUAGAGACAUAAUCCUUUGGAACCCUGCAACAAAGAAAUUUAGAUGUCUACCUAAAUCAUUACCUCUUCUAGAAGAAUUUGGUGUAUUGAAAUCAGAGUUUGUUUUGUUUGGUUUCGAUUGCGAAACGCAUGAUUAUAAGGUGUUACAAAUCAGUUUUUUCAAAAUCGACAACCAAGUGGACAUCACUCCCCGAAACAAGAUUCAGAUAUAUAGCUUGAACUCGGAUUCUUGGAGGUGGUGUAUGGAUGCCAAUUUAUAUGGCCACUCUUACAAAACCAAAUGUGAAAAUCAGGGUCGAUAUCUUAAUGGUAGUUAUUAUUUUUUGGGAAGUAAUUUUAUUAGAAAACAAAGGAUUAGGAUGACGGAUUCUGUACCAUAUUGGUAUGGUGAUCCAGAGGCAGUGGUUCUCUCCUUCAAUUUCAGCAGAGAAAGUUUCAGGAUGAUACCUGGUCCAUGGGAAAACCUUGUUUUAGAUGUCAUAGGAGGUGACCAGGGAAAGAUUGUGUGCAUUAAAGUUGAACAUACCGUUACUAGUGAUGUAUGUGAAAUGUGUGCUUUGAAUGAUUAUGAUUACAAUAAUGGUGCUACAAAUGCGGAUAAUAACGAGUACUCAUGGAGCAAACUACAUACGUUCACCAUAAAUUAUUCUCACAGCGGCUAUGGUACUAAGGCCAUUACGAAAAACGGAGCGUUUGGUUUUCUAUGUGAUAUUGGAGGUGGUCUGGUGUUUAUCAACUUUCUUACAGAGGAAAUAAAGGAUAUUGAAAUUAUUGAUGCCCCUUUGGAAGGUCUAGGCGAUGUGUUUAGAGGCGAUGUUUACAAGGAGAGCUUAGUCUCAAUCGAUUGUGCAGUGCCCAGCAGCAGCAGCAGUUACCUGAAAUGAAAUCGGUUUCCACACCGUUGACAACUUUGGCAUGCAUAUAUGGCGGGGUUUGUCAUCCUGCUGUAGGGUAGCUGCUUAAUAUUAUUUUCUUUAUAUUUGUCCAAGUGAAUGAUUUCCAUUUAGUGUCCAACAACAUAUAUUUUCAAGUAUUAUUUAUGGGAUUCUUGGGGCUCUUAUCAUACUUGGUACCUCUAAACAACAGUUUGUUGAUUUGUCUUAUUUGAUUGCAGUCAUUCAUUUGUACAGUGUUUUCUUGUUGUUGGUGUUAUUCUUUUUUAACCUGAGUAUUGCCAAAUUAGUUAUGAUUUUCAAUGCAAUUGCAAAUCUUUGAUGUUUCCAGCUUCCAUUGGAACCUGAUUGCAGGGAUGGUUGGAAAGUUUCAGAGGCGAAGAUAGAAAGCUAGCUUCAGGACUUCCUGUUGGGAAAGAUUUCCCUGGGAUCUUUUUCUUCUUCUUUGACAUCAAAAAGGUUCCACAAGGUAAAGAGUCCCUAAUUUUAGACGGAGUGGAACUUGUCUCUUUUUUUACAGGAAGGGUUGGUCCUGUUCCUCCACCUUGUUGUCUCAUGAAAUCUGGGGUCUUGUGGAUGUCAACUAUGGGGAAGGAAAGUCUCUUAUACGAAGAAUGUGUCUGCAACAAGCUGAAGGUGGAGAUAUACAAACUUCUGAGAAGCCAACUUAUUUGUUCAAGGAUACCUCUUACAGCAGGUUGUGUCGGUACUUCCAUUUACGAGCCAUGAGGGAAAGUAUGAGAUAUAGACAGGAAGCCUUUUAAGGUGAAAAUGUGAUGGAAGCAUUAUGAAUGGUGCAUCAAAUCAAGAUUUAUAAUGUGGAUAUGAAGAGAGAAGAAGAAAUCUUGGAAAUAUAAGAUUUGUUUUGUGAGCUUCCGGAGCAGAAAAGAGUAUUUCUGAGAAUUGUAAGUUUCAUGCUUAAGCAUUUGGUGGAACAGGAUGAGUCUCAUGUUGUGGAUGAUGCUGACUUCUGUCGUCUGGAAGAGCUGCCUAAUACAAACACCCCACAGGAAACACGGCUAAAGUACAUGCUCCCUGGUGUUCUGGAUCUCCUGACAAACAAUUGGGUCCAUCCAAGACAUAAGGUGAAUAUAAGACCACUACUUUUUUGGGGGAGGUUCUUUCACGCCUCCGUCUAGGUGCAAGUACUACCACAAAUACGAGAAUCCUGGUGCAGAACUAUUCGGCUCCAUGAGUUGACAAAGUCUCCCCCAUUUCUGAUAUGAUGUUUAUUCGGAAAAUAGAUGUUGCUGGAUAUAAUAAUGGGGCUUGGAGUUCCUUUUGUCAUCAGCGGCAACAGUGAUUUGUUCUAAAGAUACCUAUCUACAUGUAAGUUUUCUGUUUAACAUUCGUCUUUUUCAUUAUGGUGAACAGAUUUUAUUCUCUGAUGAUUUUGUAGAAUGUCUACUACCAUGUCUAAGUGCUGAUGGUAUGGUGUACACUUAUGACUUUUGACAUUCUGCUAGACAUUGUUGUAAUUCUGCUAUACGAAUACAAUAUGCAUUAUGUGGUCUGAUGCCAUUGAGAUUAUUGAUAUCCUUGUCUUUCCCCGUCCUACAUUUAAUCCUCGCAGUGAUAUCUGUUUUAAAUUUAGAACCCAGUACUUCUAUAUCUGUGUUUUAGAGCUCAGUAAUUAUCGACCCUCGGCUGAAUAAAAGUUCUACGUACUUUUAGUGAUUAUCAUUAGUCUGCACGCCAGGGGUUUUGUAUUUUGGUUCCAUUGCAGGUUGCUGCUUGGCCUAUAGGUCACCACCUCGAAUACAUUAAGCCCCUGGGGGUUCUUAUGCGGCUGUGCCGCUGCAUAAAACAAGUAAAUCAGUAAGGUUUACUCUGAAAACCCCUGUUGUCCGAAAAGGUACAUCUCUGGUCUGUUACUCCUCCUCCUGGUCUCGCGAAGGUCGAUAUUCCGUGGAUGUCCACUGUGAGGAAGGGAAAUCUGCCGUACAAAGAAGUUAGAAGCAUAUUGAACAAGCUGACAGUGGAGCAAUACUGUAUUGUAAGAACCCAGCUUAUUGAUUCAGUGAUCACAACCCCGUCCAGGCAUUACGUCUGUGAUACUCAGCAAACCUGUGACGGUGCCAGCUGUUUGUCCUUUGUGUGCUUUUCUAUAUUGUGAAGUUUCUGUAUAUCCCCAUUAUUUGCGUGAAAGACUAGGCAGAAGAUUAUGACUGGUGCCUCUAACCAAGAUUUGGACCACGGAUAAUCUGAUACGAGGAGAAAAGGAAGAUUCUUGGAAAUAUACCAUUCAUUUGUGAGCUUUCAAACCAGAGAGCGUUUCUGACGAUUGUUCGUUUCAAUGAUAUUGUGGCGAAUGUUGAUGCAGUGUGUUUA